AUGAACUUGUACAAUGUCCGUUCAAGUCUUCAUAGUCCUCUUGGUCUGGCCGCCAUGGUCGCGGAUGGACUUUCUGCCUCCGUCACGGCACAUUUACUACGAGCGACCUUGCGCGGAUUUCCGCAGAUUUUGCGCAACAUGCGAUGGGGCACGGGCGUCGUCAUUAUCGUCGCGAAGCACAAACCUUACGGUCUGAGCAACGGCCACAAGCACAAUGAUCAACAGAUCCUCGGCUAUAGCGUGUGGGCAAGGCUUGGCUCCUGUGCCGAAAGCAACACAAUAAUGCCCGGUCCCUUGGCGAUCAUCCCUAGUAAAGUAGGCUGGGUAUCAAUACUAGUAGCAACACGCGAGCAGGUUACGCCCGGGAGCGAACACGGCUGA